UCGGAGGCUUCAGGCGAGAGGAGUUCGGGGACGUCAAGCGGGCAGCUGGGUUGAUCAUGGGGAGUUCGGGCGGACGUGACUUCGGGCGGGAACAUUCCCGAGAACAAUACUCUGAUCGUAACCGAGAGAGCGGCUAUGAUGGUGGACGAGAUACAAGGCGGGAAUACAGACGAGAACGAACGAUGGAGUAUGGGAGCUCCAACCAUCAAGAAUGGGGGCGCGAUCCACCCCCUAGGCGUUUUACACCUGUCUGCUACGAAUGUGGAGAACCGGGGCAUUACCGGAAUCAGUGCUCGAAGCUAGGGGGCGAGGGCAAUACAAGGAGCGCGGUGCAGCGUGGGCGUUCCUUCUCUCCUAAGCGACAAGGAUGUCUUCGAGAGGCGAGAGCGACAUCAGAGGAUCCAGCUCUUCGACAACAGAUCGAGGAUUUAGCCACGACAAUCGGCUCCGUCAAGGAACAUAUCGAUGCAGAGAACAGAAAGAAGGAGGAGAAGGCGAAGCGUAAACAAGAGAAGGAGGAGCAAAAGCGACGGGAAGAAGAGGCAAGACGUGAGGAGGAACAAGCUCGUGAAGCGGCUGAACGACGAAAGAAACGUAAGGAAGUGAAAUUGAGGCAGAUUGCGGAAGAUCGGGAGCCGUUGAAGAAGAAUAUGCGCAUGGAAGUGUCUAUGCAUAUGGGGGGUCUACGUGAAGAACUGAUGUUCUUACGUGAGCGAGGGGGACAACAGUCUACCAAAACUCCUCCGAAAGCAAAAGGCAAACAAAAGAUCGAGGAACGAUCAUCGGACGAAGAAUCGUACGGUUCGUACGAAAGUGAGAUAGAAGCUUUAAGCAACCAAACGGAGCAGCUCGGCAUUUCCAAGAAAAGGACGCGAGGGGAGGACAUGCCUCUCGGGGAUAGUCCCCCCAUGGAGACACCGGCGAAAAGGACGACGAAGCGACGUUUACACUUGAGCGUGACGCAUCCUCCCAUGAAGCGAUCGCCUGUUGGGCAUACUCCGCGGCGGUGUGCCACGACCAAGGAAAAGAUUCCGGCAGCACCGAGAUCUAGCGGGAAGCUUAAAUUCGUGACGGACAACCUGCGUAAGCUGGGAAAAAUGAAUGUCGAGGAACUCAAGCGAUUGUGCGCGCAGGAAGACGUACAGUUGGGAGCUGAGUGCAGGAAGAUGCAGAUUCUUCUAACACUGACCGACAAACGUACCCAGAUGGCGUACAAAGAGGAAGAACGGUUAGGCGGAACCGAGGAGCAGGUGGCAGUGGAAACGCAGCAAGCCGCAGGCAGCGAUGAAAGCCACAAUGCAUCAAAUAUUCGUGAGUUAUGAACGCUAUGUAAUCGGCUGAUCGA